UAUAAUAUGUUAUAAUAUAGUUUAUGAUCUGUAUAAUCAACAUCCGAUGUAGAGAUAGCGGCCCGCUGCUAGCUUUGUGUUAUACUGGCUGUGUAGAAUGACGGAAACGCCAUUUAGUUUGUCGGUUAUGUAUUUCUCCUGCUUCCUCGGAUUGUCAGUCAACCGAUUUUGCAAGCGGUGCCUUGAACAUCUCCUUCCCACGAGCUUCUAUCGGGGAAUAGCGAGACGUCCGAGGCGUCAUGAAGGCACCCCAAUCGCAUUCACCUGCUUCCUGUUCCUUCUACGUUGGCGCGUCAGUCUCACAGGUGUCCCCGAUUGUUGUGGGCCGGACGGAACGCUCUAGAAAGAACAAUAGGACAACAAGCGGGGCUUUUUGUUCAAGCUCGUUUUGUGCACAUUCACGUCGGUCGGAGCUCGGCAGGUGAACCGCGGCUUCGGGAUCAUUCUUGGCCUCGUCCUACGAAGACCAUUCUCUCCGUCUCAGGGACGGCCAGGCUCGGUCCGGGACAAGACAGCUCCGGCAAGUAACCGCCAUUAAACUGACCCGUGUGGGUGCCCACCUUCUGCCUUCUGCCAGCACCACCAGCAUGGCAUCCAGCCACCCGCACCAGUCCAACGUCCUGCUGGAGGAGCUCACCUGCCCCGUGUGCUUGGACGUCUACCACGACCCCCACCUGCUUCCGUGCGGCCACAACUUUUGCAAGACGUGCCUGGAUCGGCUGCGGCAUGAAGCGGACCGCGGCCGCUUCCGCUGCCCGGAGUGCCGCAUCAGCCACCGCUGCAGCAUCAGCUUCCAGAGGAACUUCAAGCUCGCCAACAUCGCUGACGACUUCCGCUCUCGCCGCAGAGCGAGCUCCGCCGCUGCCGACUCAGCAGAUCGGAUUGCAAAAGCUUCUUUCCCGUGCGACUACUGCCUGCCGCCCAGCGCCGCCGCCUCCGAUGACGCCUCUGGCUCUGCGGGCGACACGCCGCAGGGGGCCGGCGCCUCCGUCAUGGCGGUGAGGAUGUGCCUCAAGUGUGAGGUGUGCAUGUGCCAGGAGCACGUCAAGCCUCACCUGGAGCUGCCGGCGUUUCGAGAGCAUCCUCUGACGGAACCCACCAGCGACCUGUGGAAGAGGAAGUGCCGGGACCACGAUGAGCUGUUCAAGUACUACUGCCUGGACGACAAGGUGUGCGUGUGCAACGCCUGCACCGUGGAAGGACGACACCUGGGCCACACCAUGAAGACCCUGAAGAACACCAUGAAAGACCUGAAGAUGGUGCUAGACAAGAAGAUGCGCCGGGUCGGGAAGGAGGACAGCCUGGCCAAGCAGAAGCUCCGGGAGCAGAAGCAGAAGGAGAAUCAGAACAAGAAGUUAAUCGAGGACUCCGAGGAGUGCCUGGCCAGGCUGCGUCAGGAGCUGGAGGGCAAAGUGGACGGCUUUGUGGGCCGGCUGCUGGAGUGCUCGCGCGGCCGAUGCGAGACCAGCGGCCCCGCCAUCCGCAAGAACAUCUCCCGCAUUUGCCAGGACAUGGAGCGCCUCCGUGAGGUGCGCUGCGGCAUCGCCGGCCUCCAGCAGGAGAACGACCCCCUCUGCUUCCUCGAGGCCUGCAAGACCACAGGAAGACGAUGCUCCAGGCUGCUGAGGAAGGACAUGUUCUACCCGGAAUACGUGGACAUGGAGCUGGAGCUCCUGGGCGUCAUGAUGGAGGAGGAAAUGCGCAAGUUUCUUGACGAGGAAAUUCCGUGUUACAUCGUGGCCGCCAUCAACUCCAUCUGUCGACUCACCAACGUGGAAGAGGCGGACCGGCGCAGCCACACCCAGGAAGCCACCAGGGACACUGAUGACGAGGACGACGAGGAGGACGACUAUGAUGAUGUCCUCGAUGACAGCAGCGAGGGCGAGAUGAGGAGCGAGGAGGAAGAGGAGGAUGAAGUGCGUGACCCGAGCGAGCUGGCUGAAGAUCUUUACAUCCCUGAGGAGGUGGAGGAGGAGGAGGAGGAGGACGACGGGGAGGAGGGGGACCAGGAGGAGGAGGACCUGGAGGAGGAGGCAGACCAGGAAGAGGAGGAGGAGGACCAGGAAGAAGAAGAGGAGGAGGAGGAGGAGGAGGACUAUGAAGAUGAUGAGGAUGUGGAGGAAAGAAGGGGUUAACUGUAGGAGGGGCUGGUGAUGUGCACCAGGAGCUACACGCCCACACACGAAGCUGAAUGUAGAAUGUUUGCUUCUCCCAAGUUCCUCGUGCCACGACAAGAAAGUAUGGGAAGCGUGGAAUGAAACUUAGUAUUCCUGUUUCCUGUAGCGUGAAGAAAUGGACGGACCUUCUAAGCGCAGCGUUUCCCAGACGCUCGGCGUUGCCACAUUUGGCCUAUGCAAAUGAGACGAUGACGUGACGGCGUGGGACAGACCUUCUCCACUCCCUUAAAGCGUCCGUGCAGGGAGCCCAUGAAUAUGGAACGGGGCGGCGGCUAGCGCUGUGAUGCUAACACCAGCUUUUGUGUUCUGGAUUCCCUCCAACGUGUCCAACGGUUCUAUGCACACUUGGAUGUUGUUUCAAAGCCACGUUGGGGCAAUGUGAGAGUUUGCACUUUAAUACUCAGAUGCUAUGCUAAUAUGCUAAUAUUAUUUGAAUGUAAAAGAAUACAUUUUGGUAUGUGAUUGCUAAUAAAAGAUGAA